CAACAAAAAACAAAGUCUUCUCUGUUAAACUAUCGUUGCAACAACAAAAUGAUACCAAGUUAUGAUCCAAACGAUACAGAGGCUGGUCUCAAGCUUCUUGAGGAUCUAACCACAAAUGCUGAUGCAAUUCAACAACAAGUUCUUCACCAAAUACUCUCUCAAAACUCAGAAACCGAAUAUCUCAGGUCGUUUAUUGAUGGAGAAUCUUGCAGUAUUCAAGAAAUUUUCAAGAACAAAGCCCCUGUGGUAAAUUAUGAAGACAUAAAGCCCUUCAUCCAACGAAUCUGUGAUGGAGACUCAUCCGAUAUCCUCUCUGCUCAACCCAUCACUGAGCUUCUCACAAGCUCGGGGACUUCGGGUGGAAAACCAAAAUUGAUGCCUUCUACAGCUGAAGAGUUGGAUAGAAAGACAUUUUUCUACAAUAUGCUUGUGCCCGUCAUGAAUAAGUUUGUGAAUGGGCUUGAUGAAGGAAAAGGAAUGUACCUUCUGUUCAUAAAACCAGAGAUCAAGACUCCAUCUGGUCUACAGGCACGUCCUGUGUUGACCAGUUACUACAAAAGUGAACAAUUCAAGAACAGGCCUUUCAACAAGUACAAUGUCAUCACUAGCCCUAACGAUGCCAUUCUUUGUGAAGACAGCCAGCAAAGCAUGUACUGUCAGCUUCUUUGCGGUUUAGUCCAGCGAUCUCAUGUCCUAAGACUCGGUGCUAUCUUCGCUUCCGCCUUUCUUCGAGCGGUCAAGUUCUUGGAGAAUCAUUUCACCGAGCUGUGUGCUGACAUUAGAACCGGUACUGUCGCUAGCUGGAUCACUGACUCGGGCUGUAGAGACUCGGUUUUGUCGAUCCUUAACGGUCCUAACCAAGAACUGGCUGAUGAGAUCGAGGCUUUGUUCAAUGCGAAGUCGCGGGAAGGAAUCUUGAAAAGGGUUUGGCCUAAGACGAAGUAUAUUGAGGUGAUUGUGACCGGAUCGAUGGCUCAGUAUAUUCCGACACUCGAGUUUUAUAGCGGAGGUUUGCCUUUGGUUUCGGUUAUGUAUGCUUCCUCUGAGUGUUUCUUUGGUCUCAACAUCAAUCCUCUGUGUAAGCCAUCCGAUGUUUCUUACACACUUCUUCCUAACAUGGCUUACUUUGAGUUCUUGCCUGUUGAUGAUAAGUCUCAUGAAGAGACCCAACUUGAAUCGCGUUCUACGGAUGAUGUUUCCCUUAUGGACAAAGACCGUAUUGUCGAUCUUGUCAAUGUGGAAAUUGGACGGUACUAUGAACUCAUCAUCACAACAUUCGCAGGUUUAUACAGAUACAGAGUUGGAGAUAUCCUAAAGGUGACAGGUUUCCACAACAAGGCACCCCAAUUCAGUUUCGUGGAGCGAAGAAACGUUGUGUUAAGCAUCGACACAGACAAAACCAGCGAAGAAGAUCUCAUGAAGGCAGUGACACAAGCCAAACUCAUCCAUCUCCAAGGUCUCUUGCUCACCGAAUACACGAGCUAUGCGGACACGUCAUCAAUCCCAGGGCAUUACGUGCUCUUCUGGGAGCUGAAGCCACGUUACGACAAUGACCCACCAAUGCUAGACAAGAAGAUGAUGGAGGAUUGUUGCUCUGAGGUGGAGGAUUGUCUGGAUUACGUGUACAGGAGGUGCAGGAACAAAGAUGGAUCAAUAGGGGCUUUGGAGAUGAGAGUGGUGAGUUUGGGUACUUUUGAUGCCUUAAUGGACUUUAGCAUCUCACAAGGAUCUUCAGUGAAUCAGUACAAGACACCAAGAUGUGUUAAAUCUGGAGGAGCUCUUCAGAUUCUUGAUUCCAGAGUUAUUGGGAAGUUCUUUACCAAGAGAGUUCCUCAGUGGGAGCCACUUGGUUUAGAUUCUUAGCUUUACUCUCUUCUCCUUCUUACUAAGUGAAUCUUGCGCUGCGCAAUGGUUGUUGUCGUUCUUUUUGUUUUUCUUUUUUUGAACACAAAUCGUUAUUUUUGUUUACACAAGGUUUUUAAGAGGAUUUGAGAAUCCUCCAG